AUGCUUUCACACACAACACCACCACAAGAUUCUAAUUUCACACUAUCAGCGUCAUUCGUGAGCCAAAUUUUGAAAAUUCCGAUCAAGCAAAUGAUCAAUUUAUAUGUCGGAGGAAGUCGACUCUAUAAUUGUCACUCACCAAAUUCCGAUUUUGAUAUAUUUCUGAUUGUGAAAGAUGAAACUGAACUACCAAAGGUAGAUCACGUGAAUUGGUGUGAAAUGGAGCCAGAUGAUGUUAUUUUAGAAACAAUGGAAAAGGUUCAUGGAUCAGGGGUAAUGAUAGAAAAAAAUUUGGAAUUUUCUCGUGCUGAAAAUUGUAUCAGUUUUCGAUCGAACCAUGUGGAUGUGAAUAUUUAUAAGGAAAAACAAUUUAUUCAUGAAUUAGAAAAUUAUAUCGAUUGUUCAAUUUUUGAAUAUGCGUCUUUGUCUCACUACAAGCCUGAGAGUGAUGAUUCUCAUGAACAUGCAACUCGAGAACGAGCUGUUCUGCUUGAAAACAAAAAAUAUUACAUUCAAAAAGUGCAAACGUCAGACCAAAAAUCUGCAUUCCGAAGGCCAUUCAGUCGAAAAUCAGCAAACAGUUAUGUGAAAUGCAAGAAAAAGAUUUGUGUCGAAAAAGAUCUACGAGUUGGAUUGAAAUCUCUAUUUCAUUCGUUACGAAUAAUCAUGUUUGCUAUUCAAAUCUUGAAAUUUGGAUACGUGAAAAACUUUGAAGAGGCCAAUGAAUACUUUGAGGAUAUUGUUACCAAUCGUUUAAAUAGGGAAGUUGAGAAUUACGAUGAGUUGUGGAAUGAAUUGGAUUCCAAGUAUAAGAUGAUCAAAAAGGAGUUGGAGAAGGAAUUUCACACUCUAGCUCCAAAAAUUGGCAUUCAAAAACCGCAAAAACUUCCAAAGAAGAAAUAG